CAGCGUAUCUCAUUCGCACACCUCCUCCCCCUCCGCCUCCCCCGCCGUCUCUCAUCCCCGUCUAGCACCACCGCCACCGCCUCCUCCUUCCUCAGGCCUCGCCGCCUCCCAUGAAACCCUAGUUCCCCCAAAACCCAACGCCGCGCCCGCUGCCAUGUUGCGGCCGCUCCAGGCGCCGGACUACAAGUACGUCACCGAGGAGUGCCUCCGCGAAUGGAAGGGCCAGUCCGCCGCCGCCUUCCGCAUCCCCGAUCCGGUCCCCAUGCCGCGCUUCCUCUACGAGCUGUGCUGGGCGACGGUGCUCGGGGACCUGUCGCCGCACAAGUGCCGGGCGGCGCUGGAUUCGGUGGUGUUCGCGGAGGAGGCAUGGCAGGAGGACUCCGGCUCGGUGCUCGCCGACAUCGUCGCCCACCUAGGGCAGGAUAUUACAAUUUCUGGUGAAUAUCGCAACCGUCUUGUCAAAAUGACUAAAUCAUUUGUGGAGUCUUCAUUGAUUGCGCCUAGGCUUCUUCAAGAGCGAUGUGAAGAAGAAUUCCUAUGGGAGGUUGAACAGAGUAAGUCAAAGGGCCAGGAUUUAAAAGCCAUGGAGGUCAGAGUCAACACGCGGCUUCUUUAUCAGCAAACUAAAUUCAACCUGCUAAGAGAAGAAAGUGAGGGCUACGCCAAGUUGGUAACCCUACUUUGUCAAGUCAAUUCAGAUUUGGCUUGCCAAAAUGCUUCUUCAGCUACUAUCAGCAUUAUAAAGUCAUUGAUUGGACAUUUUGACCUGGACCCAAAUCGUGUAUUUGACAUUGUGUUGGAAUGUUUUGAACUCUAUCCAGAUAACAGUAUCUUUUAUCAGCUUAUACCUCUUUUUCCAAAGUCCCAUGCUGCUAAAAUUUUGGGGUUCAAAUUCCAAUACUAUCAACAAUUGGAUGUAAACAUCCCUGUUCCAUCUGGUCUUUUCCGAAUAGCAGCCCUGUUGGUCAAAUCUGGUCUUAUUGACCUUGAUAACCUCUAUGCUCAUUUACUUCCAAAUGAUGAUGAGGCAUUUGAGCAUUUUGGCUGCUUUGUUUCAAGGAAAAUUGAUGAGGCUACUAAAAUAGGCAAAAUAAAUCUUGCUGCUACUGGAAAGGAUCUUAUGGACGACGAGAAGCAAGAAAUAACGAUCGAUUUAUACACAGCAUUGGAGAUGGAAAAUGAUAUAGUUGAGGAGCGAGCCCCUGAGAUAGAAAAGAACCAGAAGCUUGGGCUUCUUCUUGGUUUCCUCUCAGUUCAUGAUUGGGACCAUGCGCAGCUACUAUUUGAACGUCUUGCACAGCUAAAUCCUGUUGAGCACAUUGAAAUUUGUCAUGGUUUAUUUAGAAUUAUUGAGAAGACCAUUUCUUCAGCCUACAGUGCAUAUUGUCAAACGCAUCAUAAAAUCUCCCGUAACAUCGACACUCACAUGAUAGAUGCAUCAUCUGUCUCUUCACCAAGUUAUUUGGUUCAUCCGCCGAAAGUGUUUUUCCAAAUGCUUGCUGUCUGUGGACCAUACCUUCAUCGUGACACACAAUUAUUUCAGAAGGUUUGCAGAGUGCUAAAGGCGUACCAUGCCUCGUCGAAAGAAUCAGCCCAUACAACAGGUGUAAUGUCUCCAGAAUCUCACAUCGAAGAAGCACUUGGGUCAUGCUUGCUUCCUUCACUGCAACUUAUACCUGCCAAUCCUGCUGUUGAUAUGGAGAUAUGGGGAGUUCUUUCCCUUCUUCCUUAUGAGGUACGCUAUCGUUUGUAUGGUGAGUGGGAGAAGGACGCUGAACAAAACCCAGUUGUCCUUGCUGCAAGGCAAACAGCAAAGCUGGAUACCAGAAGGCUCUUAAAACGGCUGGCCAAGGAAAAUCUGAAGCAGCUUGGCCGCAUGGUGGCUAAACUUGCUCAUGCAAAUCCGAUGACUGUACUUCGGACAAUUGUCCAACAGGUCGAAGCAUACAGGGACAUGAUAAAUCCAGUUGUGGAUGCUUUUAAAUACUUGACUCAGCUGGAGUAUGAUAUCUUGCAAUAUAUUGUAAUAGAACGGUUGGCCCAAGGUGGUCGUGAGAGAGUAAAAGAUGACGGUCUUAACCUGUCAGAUUGGCUUCAAUGUCUUGCAUCAUUCUGGGGACACUUAUGCAAGAAGCAUUUUUCCAUGGAGCUAAAAUGCCUUUUCCAAUACAUAGUUAAUCAACUGAAGAAAGGAUUGGGCACUGAGCUUGUUGUACUUGAGGAACUCAUUCAGCAAAUGGCAAAUGUACAGUACACUGAGAACAUGACUGAUGAACAGGUUGAUGGUAUGGCAGGGAGCGAAACGCUGCGGCUUCAAUCUUCACUGUUUGGCUCAACACGGAACUAUAAGGUUUUAUCAGGAACCAAGGCUCCUUUCUUUGGCUCCUUUCUUUAUUUCCUGAUAAGAUCAAAAAACAGUUUUACCAAAUCAUUGUUUUUGCAGGUCCUGAACAAGUCUACUAACAAGUUGCGUGAUUCUCUGCUGCCAAAAGAUGAACCUAAACUUGCAAUUCCUCUACUACUGCUUAUUGCCCAGCACAGAUCCAAGAUUAUAAUAAAUGCAGAUGCCACAUAUAUCAAGAUGGUUAGUGAGCAGUUUGAUAGAUGCCAUGGAAUACUACUUCAGUAUGCCGAGUUUCUUUCAAGUGCUGUAACUCCAUCAACCUAUGUUCAACUUGUACCUCCGUUGGAAGAUCUGGUUUAUAAAUAUCAUAUUGAGCCAGACGUUGCUUUUCUUAUAUACCGCCCUGUAAUGAGGCUUUUCAAAAGCGCUAGUAGUGGUGAAGCAUCUUGGCCUCUGGAUGGCAAUGAAGAAGGGGAGCCUGUAUCAUGUGAUGAUAUGAUCUUGCACGGUGAUUCAUCCCAGAAGUUAAUCAUGUGGUCAGAUCUUCUUAACACAAUCCGAACAAUUUUGCCAACAAAAGCCUGGAACGGUCUUUCACCUGAAUUGUAUGCUACUUUCUGGGGUUUAACACUCUAUGAUCUCCAUUUCCCAAAAGAUCGUUAUGAUGCAGAAAUCAAGAAGUUGCAUGACAAUCUCAAACAACUCGAAGAUAAUUCAGAUAACUCUAGCAUUGCAAUAUCACGACGUAAGAAGGACAAGGAGAGAAUCCAAGAUUUAGUUGACAAAUUGAACAACGAAUCUGACAAGCAUCAACAACACGUUGCAUCAGUUCUCCAAAGGCUAGCCCGUGAAAAGGAUAAAUGGCUGAGUUCUGGUCCGGACGCACUGAAGAUCAACAUGGAGUUUCUCCAGCGUUGUAUAUAUCCACGUUGCGUUUUUAGCAUGCAGGAUGCUGUGUAUUGUGCUACAUUUGUCCAGACGAUGCAUUCACUGGGAACUCCAUUUUUUAACACGGUGAAUCAUAUAGAUGUUUUCAUCUGCAAGACACUACAGCCAAUGAUCUGUUGUUGUACAGAAUAUGAAGCUGGUAGGCUUGGACGGUUUCUUCAUGAGACACUGAAGAUGGCCUACUAUUGGAAGAGUGAUGAAGCAAUAUAUGAGCGUGAAUGUGGAAAUAAGCCAGGAUUCGCUUUAUACUUCAGAUUUCCAAACAGUCAACGUGUACCUUAUGCUCAGUUCGUUAAAGUCCAUUAUAAGUGGAGUACAAGAAUUACCAAGGUGCUUAAUCAAUGUAUGGAAUCAAAAGAAUACAUGGAAAUUAGAAAUGCCCUUAUUGUGCUCACAAAGAUAACUAGUAUUUUUCCUGUGAUUCGAAAAAGCGGUAUCAACAUUGAGAAAAGGGUUGCGAAGCUAAAGGGGGAUGAGAGGGAAGAUCUGAAAGUACUGGCCACUGGUGUAGCUGCUGCUCUGGCAGCUCGCAAGAGUUCAUGGCUAUCUGAAGAAGAGUUUGGUAUGGGUCACCUUGAUCUGAAGCCAGUGCCUGCAAAACCUAUUCCUGGAAAUCAGUCUGCAGAUUCCUCAACGGCAAAAGAUCGCAGCAUUUGUGCAAAAUCUACAGAAGGUAGGCAUGAAAGGUCAGAAAAUGCAAUGAAGCCUGAUGCUCAACAUAAUAAGAAGAAUGCCUCGACUGCAAAUGGAUCUGAUAGUCAAAUGCCAUCGUCCUCUGCACAAGGAAAAGCUUCAGGACCUGCACGAGGUGCAGAUGAACCUCCAAAACUUUUGUCUGAUGGGUUAGUUAAAGUUUUGAAGCCUGCUGCAGAAUCUGAGACAAGAGCACCACAAAAGCGUGAUGCACACAAUGCUGCAAAGGUAUCUAAGCAUGAUUUGGUGAAGGAAGAUGCAAAACCUGGGAAAAUUACCAGCAGGGUUCUUAAUCAAGAAGUCUCUGCUAUUCCUGCUGACAGAGAAGUAUUGUCUCUGCCAGCUGAUGGUGGGCUGGAUACUAAUCCCACUAGUUCGUUGGUUGGCACCAACGGUAAUGUACAUCCAGCACCACGGAAGGUAUCAGCAUCCUCCCAAAGGUCAACGGUGUUGGCUGCACAUAAUGAUGCAACAGCAAAUCCCACCGGUGAAGGUGAAUCUACUGAGUUGGUUGAUUCUACCGUGAAACGGCACAAAAAAUCUGUUCCCAUUGAAGAAGAGAGAACGGGUAAACGAAGGAAAGGAGAAAUUGAAGGCCGGGAUGAUGACUUAACAGAACAUCAUACGGACAAAGAGAAAAGAAUGGACUUGCGAUCAGUAGAUAAAUUCCAUUCUGUGGAUCACGAGAGAGGUAAUAAUGAGGAACAAAACCUAAUUCGGACAGAGAAAUUAAAAGAAAGGUUUGAUGAGAAAUAUGACAGAGAUCAUAGAGAAAAAACAGAUCGGACUGAGAGGCGACGUGGAGAAGACGUGGUUGAGAGACCAGCAGACAGAUCAUUGGAAAGGAGAGAACAUUCUAUUGAAAGGAUGCAAGACAGAGGGACGGAUAGGGUUCCUGAAAAAGGAAGAGAAGACAGGAAUAAGGAGAGAAGCAAAGUUAAGCAUGCUGAACCCUCCAUAGACCGGGCACAUACUUCUGAUGAACGGUUCCGAGGGCAAAGCUUGCCACCACCUCCACCUCUUCCAACUAGUUUUGUACCCCAAUCAGUCGCUGCUAACCGAAGAGAUGAAGAUAGUGACCGAAGGGGUGGAAGCACCAGACAUACACAGCGGUUGUCUCCCAGGCAUGAUGAGAAAGAAAGGUGGCACGUGGAGGAGGAGAAUGCUCCGCUGUCUCAGGAUGAUGGGAAGCACAGAAGAGAGGAAGAUCUCCGGGAUAGAAAGCGUGAAGAUAGGGAUGUUUCAUCAAGCAGGGUAGAUGACAUGGAUAGGGACAAAGGUAAUACUAUAAAGGAAGAUAGUGACCCUAAUAGUGCAUCCAAACGGCGAAAAAUUAAGAGAGAUCAGUCUGCUUUAGAAGCUGGGGAAUAUGCACCUUCUGCUCCACAGCCUCCGAGCCUUGGUGCUGGUAACUCACAAUUUGAAAUACGAGAGAGAGAAAGAAAGGGUGCUAUUUCACAGCAUCGGCCGUCACAUGCUGAUGACCUCCCUAGGAUGCAUGCCAAGGAUUCAACAAGCAAGACAAGUCGUAGAGAGACUGACCAAACGCAUGAUAGAGAACGGGAAGAGGAAAAGAGGCCAAGAACUGAAGCAAGAAGAAAGCAUCGGAAAUAGGUUCUUGCAGGACUUUUGAUCACUGCCACAUGACAUGGUUUCACCUCGAGGAUGUGCAUGAUCACCUGCGAACAAGAGUGCUUUGUUGUAGCAGGAAGAUCUAUCUGGACAUAUUUGAAACAUUCAGUGUGUAUGUCUCAAUCCUUCAGCUGCGUACUUAAGCCGUACUUCAUCGAUGCUACACAGUGUCGCUGUCCAGAUGCACUGUUAUGAAGAAUGUCAUUGUGCAAGGAACAGGCAUCUGGGCCAUAUGGUCGGUCGACUAUACAAGCUGUUAUAAACAUUGUAACGUAGAAUGAUGAGCAACAGAACUGUGGGCCAUAUUAACCUAGACGAAUUUGCUGUAAACAAGUACGUAUGAGGAGAUGUGUUCAUCCUACAGCGGCAGAAAAGGACGAGGAGAAUGUUUUGUAGCAAAGUACUUUAUGGCAUGUUUUGGAAUGGUUUGAUUAUCAAUUUCAUGUGCGGCAACAUAUGUGGAACUGUUCAGCAGUAUUGGUUACCUGUGUGA